CAUUAAUCUCGUCCUGCCUGCCUGCUCGCUUUCAGCUCCCGGCAGCCUUCUCUCUGCCUGCCUGCCGCCUCUCUUCUCCUCCUCCAGCAUCACUCUCUUGGCCGUCUAUAUCCAUUCUUCCUUUUCCAGCCCGGUCUCCGUUUUGUAUCUCACAAUCGCGGCAUCCUCAAACUCUCCACACGCAAACACACACCCGCCUCCGCCAUGCAGAUCGUCAACCUCGCCGCGGCCGCCAUCGCGCUGGCGCCCCUGGCCGCUGCUCACUACGAGUUCCCCGUCCCCGCGCCCAUCGAGCGUCGCGAUGCCCCCAAGGAGCGUGGCUGCGCCGCUCAGCACCCCCAGCACGUCUACGAUGCCGUUGCCCGCAUUGCCAACAAGGACACCACCUUUUCCCGCGCCGGCCUCAGCUCGUGCUCGCGGCCCAUCACCGUCGACACGUACUUCCACGCCGCCGUCCCCAGCAACGCCACCGACGACUACAUGUCGGUCGCCCAGAUGCAGAAGCAGCUCCAGGUCAUGAACACGGCCUAUGCGCCCCACGACAUCCAGUUCGUCCUCAAGAACGCGUCCCGCAUCGCCGACGACCGCAUCGCCGACUUUGACUACUCGGGCGCCGCCGGUGUCGAGGGCUCUCCCAACAAGGCCCUCGAGGCCUACUGGAAGCAGACCCGCGUCGGCGACUACAAGACCCUCCACGUCUGGUUCUACCACUCGGCCCCUGAGCUCCUCGGCAUCUGCUCCUUCCCCGACUCCACCCGCCCCGAGUCCGAGAAGUGGCUCGACGGCUGCCACGUCGACGGCAACUCGAUGCCCGGCGGCGACCUCAACCAGUUCAACCUCGGCGGCACCGCCGUCCACGAGGUCGGCCACUGGUUCGGCCUCUUCCACGUCUUCCAGGACCAGGACUGCACGUCCCCCGGCGACAUGGUCGCCGACACCCCGGCCCAGUCCAAGGUCACCUCCGGCUGCCCCGUCAGCCAGGACUCGUGCCCGAGCAAGCCCGGCAAGGACUCCAUCCACAACUACAUGGACUACUCCUCAGACCCAUGCUACGAGGAGUUCACCGAGGGCCAGGAGAACCGGAUGCACAACCUGUUCCGCAAUGUGCGCGAGGUCAUGUGGUAGAGGGUUGUGUGGAGCUGCUGGGGCAGUUGGAAUGUUUGCAUUAGAAAUUGCAUGAGCGUGGGCUUGGCAUGUGCAGUGGUUGGCGACCAACCUGCACGGUUGGGUCCGAGCGUGUCUCUUUCUUUUCUCGUUGUUGUGGGCAUACGGCAUUGAACACGGUUGGACCUGUUUUGUAAAUACCCUCGUGGAGACUUGGAGAUCAAAGUUCAUUAUUUUUGGGAACCAUCGUUAGAUUCAGAACAUAAUCGGCAUCCAUAUAUACAGCCAUUGUUUCAUGGGGA